AUGAAUUCUAAUCGAGAGGAGCGGCUGCAAAUGCGGCAGCGCGGAGCAGCGACGCGCAAAACGAAAGCGAUUGAUUUUGAAUUCUCAUUUGGACUUGCUUCGGCACCCGCAGAGUCCACGUCGGAACCCGCGUCGCAACCCGCCGCGACUGUCACUGCCACCGAACCAGCUGGUUCUCCACAAACAACGUCAGCUCUAGGAGAAACAACAUCGUCGCGGCUAUCGCCAGCACGGACACCUUCCUCUCGAAAUCUAGGUUCUAGCCAGCGGACACCAGGAAGUGCGCGCAAUGGCCUCCCCGAACGACCGUCGACGUUCGAUAUACCCUCAGAUGGGGAGUUAGAACUUGGGCGCAGCAGCAAACGGAGAAAAAUUGAAUCUCCCAGCAAGGUUGCCCAGACAUCGGUGAAUUUAGACGUUACAGCCCAGCAAACGAGUUUAGCACAGCCCCAGCCGGACAUCACGACGAGGAGCGCACAAGAAGGUAUUCGUGAUGGACCACAGGCUGCGGCACCUACCACAAGCGCCGAACAAGUAUCCGAAGACGCGCCUGAACCGGCCGUUCCGUCAACAUCAAACAGCCUGGUCGAUGACCUGACAAAGGCGGGUGAGAACCCGGAGGGUCAUGGGGCAGCGGAAGAGGCUACGGUGAUGCGAAGUCGCCUACAACUACAGAACGGCUCGAAUUCACCUCUCCUGGAUACCAUGAACUCCGAGCGCAGCAGACAAGAGUCAGAAACCCACGAUCGCCCUCCACCAGAAGCUUCGGUGAUGCCGCAAGAAGUCGUCGCAGAGCAGGCGAUGGAAGAGCAGGCGAUACCAGAACAAGCCAAAGCCGAUGGAGACACGCAGCAGCCUACGCGAGCCCCCGAAGUACCUAAUGAGCAGCACAUCGCUACUGAAAUGAAGGAGUUACAGCCUCAGCGCCAGAAGCGCGCAAGGGGCAGGCCGCCGGCAUCUAGCCAAACGCGUUCUGCUAUUGGUGAAGGCUCAGAGCGGAGUGGAGGUGACGCGCUGGAGAAAACGGCGGGUCCAGAUGAUCCGAGCAAGAGACUUCGAGACAGAAGCACAAGGAGUACCCGAAGCAAAUCGAAUGCUCCUACCGAGACCGUUGUCACCAAUAGCAACUUAGCCCGCGGACAGAGCGCGGCACAACCUGAGACGGACGGCGACGACACUGCAGCAAGGGACCAGGAUGUUGAGCAAUCGGCUUCGCCGAAACAAACCCAGAAGAAGAAGGGCAAGCGUGCUGGACGCGCUCGCAAGACCCGCCAUGUAGAGACUGAGCAAGACAAAUCUGAUGAGCCGGGUGAGGGAAUUCGGCAAGAGGAGCAACCAGAGCCAGGCAGGGCGGAAGAGCCGGAGUCUGAGCAUCAGCCUCAGCCUGAGCUGCAACUUGAGGCCGAGCCGCGACGCGAGACUGCAAACGGAGCAGAAUCGCCAACAGCCCAGGAAACUUCUUCACGGCCUAAGAAACGCCGUGGGAGACCGUCGUUAGUAUCGAGAAGGGAUGACAACACAGCAACGCAGCCUGAAGAAGAGCAAGAGACACAGCAAGAGGUUGAAGAGGAGAAUCCUAAACCUACAAGGAAACGGACUAGACAGCCUCGCGGUGAAACUGUACCUGUGACUGUCCACCGCCUGGUGAAUGUCGCUUCGCUGGCACCAGGACCUUCUGGUCCUGGUUCACCAGUCGAGGUUGGAGAAUCGGCUGAUGAACUGGCCACCAGGGGGAAGACUAAGCUCCCCAACAGAGGGGGCGUCAACCCAGCCGAUGUAUUGAGCCAGAUUUGCCGAGAGACACUGGAAAAGACCCUCGCUACUUUGACGAACGGAAUAGCCAAUGAGACCAAUCCCGCACGACGUGCGGAAUGGACCCGCAAGAAGAAGGCAGUCGAAGCUUACGAAACAGAACUCGAGGGUCGACUGUUUGAGUUGAGCGAGAUGCUGGAUAGCAACUUUGUUCUCGGCCUCCAGCUGAAGAAAGCAAAGCGGGAAAUGAUGGACAUGCGGGGCCGGCUGUACCAAGCCCGCAAAGAGAGAGAGGCGGUUGCUUUACGGAUGGAUGCAGUGCGCAGAAAGCAUGCGGAGGAGGAAAGUACGAGAAUGGCCCGCAUCUCUAUCAACAAUUCCUUGCAUAGUCUGGAGCUUGCGGUCGAACGAAGUCAGAAUCGCGCUUCCGCCGAUGCUGACGAUGCAGAAUCGGCUGAUGCUUCCCCCACAGUUGGCCUGGAGUUUAUGCUCCGUAGCGUUGCAGAAGCCGUGAGCUCAACAGCUCCCGGAGCUCAAGGUGGUCUCUUGGACCAGAUCAAAAGCUUCAAUGCACAGUUGGAAGCUACAGCUCGCAAAAUGGAGAGCUGA